AAGCUCUAUACAGCUCGGCGCCAUUGUUAAUCCGAUCUCAUCAGAGUUCGACAUACCACACUGUCUCUAUAUGCUGGAGUGCAUGCAUGCAUACAUGUAAUAGCAUACACGCAGUGAUAAAGGCAAGCGCUCUUUCCGGGUACUAGUAAUAGUACCAUACACAUUGCUCUAGCUCUAUAUGCAAUCAUACACAACACACACAGCAAGGAACACAGCUCAAACAUUCAUGAUGUCUACCAAGCGGCUGCAUUUUUCAAUUUUGGAACGCAAUUUUUUACUUCGACUCCUCGAAGAAAACAUAGACAUCGUUGAGUCCAAGUGCAACGAUGGAAUUACGAUGAGACGCAAGGACGAAACGUGGGCAAGGAUUGUCUCAAGAUUCAAUGCCGAACCCAGCGUUGUGAAAAGGACACCGAGACAGCUGCGCAAAUGCUGGACCAACAUGAAAAUGCGCGCAAAGAAGUCAGACGGUUCGUCAAGUCUACCGGGGUUGGUUGCGCGCCAUACUCCACAGAAACAUGAGACGAGGGAGGGACCUGUUUCUGUGCGCUUGCAACCGGACUCAGAUCAGAUGGGUGUGAAAUAUGAUUCGGUCUUUAGCGGUAGUGGUGAAAGUGGUGCAGACAGUGCCAAUGGUACAGAUGUUAAGAUGAUCCCUGUGGAAUGCUGGUCAGACAACGAAGUUGAUGGCUCAUACUCGGGGCUUGGAGGUGGGAGCGAAGAUGAAGAUGGAGAUGAGGGAAGUUACCACCAGCAAGAUGUAGAAGAACGAGCAAGGGCAGAUUUCCAUACAAGUGAAACAGACUUUAGACAUGAAACAGCCGCUGAUUCCAACAACAGCCAAUGGACAGGCAUGGAUUACACGCGCAAUGAGCACGAGGCCAAGAUGUCGCUGUUGACAAUCCAGAUGGAGACGGCUCAUGAGCAGCGGGAGCUAGCCCGGGAGAUGCGGGAACAGACGAGACAGAGACACCGUCUUGAGAUGCAGGUACUGGAAGAGAAGAGGCGAUACAGGAGGAUGAAGAUGAACAGGAUGUCUUCUCAAGGAAAAAGCUAGCAAGGGGGACGGACCCAAAUUCAUAAAGCUGCAGAAAAUACUGCUUGACAAAAAAAUCAAUUUCUUUGCUCAGCAAAACAUGAGAUGAGUAAGUUGACAACCUCAUGCAGAUAGGCGACAAUAAUAAACUGACAUCGUAACACUGAGGCAUGUGCUCGAUUUCAUGAAAUUGAGAAACAAAAGAUUACCAAAUAUCACCACGAUGUUGCUCUAUGGUCAAACUAUAAAGAACACACGCUGUAUGAACAUCAAACUCUCGGUCAAUGAGAAACUCUCUCUUCUAUUGUAAAGUAUUUUUGUUUUGUUUAUCCUCCAUAUCAAACCAUAGUCGGGGAUCAAAUGAUUCACUUCAUAAUGAUUGUAAUGUAUGACCGACAACAUAUAAAAUGAGCGACAUGUCGGAUAUGUAGAUGGCGUAAAUGAGUGUAAAGAACUACCUAUUUCAAAUUGCUUUUUCAACCAAAAGGACCUAUAUGAAAAUGCACAAAAUUGUCACUGGCCUGGCGUUUCGACCCUAGCAGAGUCAUUGUCGAAAGGCGCCCGUGCAUGCCGACGGCUAGAACAGGAACACGUUGAUGCCAUAUCUUUCUCAGCUGCAAGGAUGAUUAGCCUCCAAAAGUUAUUGUUUAAUUAUUAAAGUUCGCGAUUUAAGUUCAGAUCACACGAGACUUAUAGUUGUUAUACUCGGAUCAGCCUUUUUUUGCAGUUUUGUUUAGAGUCAUAUACACGGUUUUGAAGAAAUGUAUUAAAGUCUUGUUUUUGUUUUUAUAAACUUA